UUUAUGUCUCGUCAAUCCGUGAUGAGUAUAAAAAGACUGAUAACAAAUUUGAUAUUUAGUUUGUGAGUGCGUUAGGCCCAGAAAACGAGAUGCAUUUUACAUCCCUGCUGAUCGUCGCGACCGCUGCAUGCGUCACUGUGGCUUCACGAGUUUACACCAGAGAUGAAAUAUUCCGAAUAGUGAGUGCUGGGAUUCCUAGACCAGGUUACUACCACGCCAAACCUGGUUACCACCAUGCCAAACCCGGUUACCAACGUUACGGCCCAGUGAACACUCACGCAAAGUUCAAUCAGCGGUAUCGUCCCGCACCACGUAAUACGUACUACGCAGGCGCCAAGCCACCAUACAGGACAGGAGGAUACUACAAUCCGAAACAAUCCAUUCGGUACCAGUCCUGCAAGCAAGAUGAUCCGUCCGCCAAAUACGAGCUCUCUUCGGAUGUGUCGAAUUACCCGGGGGAGGCAGUCAUCGGAGAACUGGGCCGACAGGAGCAGCUAUACAGGAUACUGAAUACCAUGAAGGUUCACCGAACAUACCACGGCUACACGAAAAUUUUGGACUUGUCGACCUGUAAAACAAAAUUCGCAACGCUUGCCAGCUUCUACAAUCCGGAUUACGGUACAGGUCGCUGCUGGGUUCUUCCCGAUUACCAAGAGAAAGUCGAGUUUGCCAUCUGCAAACAUGGGACUUGCAAUAAUUCGUGUUACAAGUCUGAUCUUCCAGGGUUAAAAGCAAUAUGCGCCAAGAACUUCCGGCACGUGUCGGUGUGGGCGUAUUGUGAGAAUACCUACGGUGGAAAUCCUAUUGUCUACACUCGCUUGGUCAUCCCCGCAUUCUGCAGUUGUAAGCAUCUCCAGUGCUAACAGGACUGACGCUAACAGGACUGAUGCUGUUGAACGUAAACCAAAAUAAUUGAUUUGUUUUUAAAAGACACGAUAUACAUCAUAUUCUUCUUUUUUUAAUUUUUCAUAUGUAGUACACCUGAGGAUUAAACGUAGUAUAUGACAAAA